CAUCAUCCGAAAUUUACACGCAGUCAAUUUAGUAACCCGGAUAUUCCCGCAAUCCUUGGACAAAAUCUUAAAAGUUUCACCAUUUUUAGAUAUAUUCACCCUUCAAGUGAGUUUUGUGGUUUGACAGGUGAAUGUAAGUUGACAUCUACGUCUAGUGGAUUUAUCUGGAUGAGUAGAUGGUUUCUUGUUCUAGGCUAUGAUGCAUCAUGAAUUGACAAUAAUAACAUUACUUAUAUUUUGUCUCCACACUAUAUCAGGUUUUCACACUGUUACAAAGUAUGGCAGUGCAGUUUUGCGUAAGUUUGGCCAGGAACGUGGAGAUCGACAGGUUCUACUGGAUAAAGGCUAUGAGCUUCCCGACUCUCGACUUUGUGAAUUCAACUUCUUUGUGCACCCUGGAGGUACCCAAGACAUGCUUGUGUAUGCCCAGAUCUGGGAACCAGUAGAGGGCGAUGUGUCAGGCAGAAGUUAUAAACUUGCGUAUGAGACAAAUGUUAUUCUUCCAGCUGUAAGGGUUGAAGAUGGAGGUUUACUUGUUGUUGCAAAAACUGACAAUUUCCCUGUGGUAAAACAAGGAUCCCAUUUAGGCUGGACUCUGACAGAUACGUUCAAGCCAAUCAGCUAUGAUUCUUUCAGUGGCUUCACAUUCCAGUAUACUUUUGAUCCCACCAUGGUCAUCUACCCCAAAGUUGGUGAUGUCCUUCAGUUUGCUUCCUAUAUAUCUGAGAAUAUUAAUUCUGUUGCAGUCUUGGUUGAUACAGGUGACCAUACUGUAGAUGGUGAAUGGUGUGUUAACACUACUCGGCAAAACUCAUCUAAUAGCAAUACUACUACUGAUGGAGAUUCAAAUACACCACAAAACUCAUCAAGAAACAAUACAUCUACUGAUAGAGGUUUUGAUAACACCACUGAUACCAAUAAUACUCAGGUAAUCCAAGGAGCAACUGGACUGCCUGGUCCACCCGGUCCUGAAGGUGUAAAGGGAGAGAAAGGCCAGAAAGGGAGUCAAGGGCGUACAGGAUCUUGGGGUGCCACAGGGGAAAUAGGACAGAAAGGACAGCGUGGUUUUCGAGGUUUCCAUGGAGCCACUGGUUCAAUUGGAUCAAAAGGAGACCCAGGUGUGGAUGGGAGCACUGGUCCAAAGGGGUCUGAAGGUACCAAAGGUGUCAAAGGGGACACAGGGAAAAUAGGAGCUACAGGGCCCAUUGCUACGUCAGUUGCAGGAGAAACAGGUGCCACUGGGAAUACAGGUGCCACAGGAGCCACUGGUCCCGCAGGCCCUAAAGGGAUUACAGGUGCUACUGGACCAGUUGGGCCAGGUGGACCUAAAGGUGCUGUUGGGCAAAAGGGUUCAAGAGGAUUUCCUGGUGAUAUAGGUGCCACUGGAACUCCAGGCACAAAAGGUACAACUGGUGCUACAGGUCGUAUUGGACUAACAGGAGCAACUGGACCAAUAGGAAAGGAUGGAACCAGAGGUGCUACUGGAUUUCCUGGACCAGGAGGUGCUACUGGACCAACAGGCCCAGCAGGGGCCACUGGACUAACAGGACCUAAAGGUGAACCAGGUUCUACAGGUACUGGAGGAGGUUCUGCAUCUGUUGGUGCUACUGGGAGAACAGGGGCUACUGGUAGACAGGGAGAGAUCGGAGCCACGGGCCCUAUUGGCCCACCAGGUGCAACUGGAGCAGCAGGAGGAGUUGGUGAUAAGGGCUCAAUAGGGGCUACUGGUCUGACAGGAUCAAAGGGAAACACAGGUGCUACAGGAAAUACUGGAUUAUUUGGUGCUACAGGUCUUCCUGGAUCUACUGGCCUCCCUGGAGACAAAGGUUCCAGAGGCAGACAAGGCGAGACAGGAGCCACUGGGCUUGUUGGUUCCACUGGGGCUGCUGGACAAAAAGGAGCUAAAGGUGCAACUGGAGCUCCAGGUGUAAAAGGUGAGCCAGGUACAGGUACAGGUAGUGGAUCAAAGGGGAGUGCAGGACCUCCAGGAGCUUCAGGACCAACUGGCCCACCUGGAAGUACAGGAGCAACAGGACUUGCAGGUGCAACUGGAAAUGCUGGUGCCCCGGGUGUCAAAGGCGAGAUGGGUGCUACUGGUCCACUUGGGGCAAGUGGGCCUACAGGGCAAUCUGGUGCUACUGGUGUAACUGGAGCAACUGGGAAAACAGGACAGAAAGGUAGAAGUGGUGAUACAGGAGCAACAGGAUCUGCUGGGAAGAAAGGGGACACUGGAGAACGUGGACUUUCAGGAGCUAAAGGGGACCAAGGGAGUAAGGGAGAAAUAGGAGCAACAGGAAGUCUUGGAGGUACAGGCCCAAUAGGACGCACUGGAGCUACAGGCGCCCAAGGAAAAAUGGGAGCUACUGGGUCAAGUGGUCCUAAGGGAGAAUUAGGGAACAUAGGCGCUAAAGGUGAUCUUGGUCUACCUGGAGCAACUGGGCCAUCUGGAUCAACUGGUAACUUAGGAACAAGUGGGGCUACUGGUGCUACAGGCAGUCAAGGAACAAAAGGCGCUCUUGGUGCACCUGGUGACGUAGGAACAACUGGACCAACAGGAUCUACAGGUCCAUCGGGGGCAACUGGUGCACAAGGUCCAACUGGGCAGAGUGGGUUGAAAGGUGAAAAAGGUCUCACUGGCCAAGCUGGUGCUCCUGGUGUUCAAGGGGUGACAGGACCAACAGGCUCAACUGGUCUUCUUGGAAAAUUGGGACAUGAAGGUGCAACUGGAACCAGUGGAGCUACUGGAGUGACUGGUGCUACUGGAACGCAAGGUGCAAUUGGUCCUAGUGGUGCAACAGGUGGACUGGGAAGACCCGGCCCAAAAGGUUCAACGGGGCCUAGUGGACCCAUAGGUUCAACAGGACCUACAGGUACUGCAGGGCCAAAAGGGGACAUAGGGGAUCAAGGUACAAUAGGUACAACUGGACCUACAGGAACAACUGGACCAUCAGGUGCAACUGGAGUUUCUGGAUCUAGUGGUCCUAUGGGAGCAACUGGACAGACAGGAUCUACAGGCCCUGUAGGACCAAUUGGGCCCAGUGGAGCCACAGGGGCACAGGGAGCAACUGGUCCUACAGGAGCCAAAGGUAUAAAUGGCUCCACUGGACCUACUGGGCCUCAAGGAGGCUUAGGUGCAACUGGCAUUUCUGGAGCCACCGGGCCUACAGGAAGUACUGGGGACAUAGGCCCUACUGGUGCUACAGGUCUGGUUGGUCCAUCUGGAGCUACAGGCAGAAUAGGAGGCACAGGACCUGAGGGUGCAACUGGAGUGACUGGUGCAACUGGCCCACCUGGUAUAGGUGGUGGGUCACAGAGUGCCACAGGGCCAGCUGGUGCAACAGGACCAAGUGGUGCAACUGGUCCUACAGGUGCAACUGGAACCACUGGGUCUACUGGACCAACAGGUUCUAUUGGACCCACUGGUGCAACUGGAACUAUAGGUCCAUUAGGACCAACUGGGAGUACAGGGUCUAUUGGUUCUGCUGGGCCUACUGGUGCAACAGGAAUCAUUGGCCCAAGUGGAGCUACUGGUUCACAAGGUAUCAAAGGGGUAAAAGGAACAACUGGUGUCACUGGUCCAACAGGGGCAAUUGGAGUCACAGGAGCCACAGGAUCUGAUGGUGCUACAGGGCCUACUGGUAAAAUUGGUAGAGAGGGAUUAACAGGACAACCUGGAGCAACUGGUACUACUGGAGUGACUGGGGUGAUUGGUGCCACUGGUCAAACAGGAUCUACAGGUCCUUCAGGGGCAACAGGCUCUACAGGACCAACUGGACCUUCAGGAGGAAGGGGCCCUUCUGGGACCACAGGACCAACGGGAGUUCCUGGGCCAAAAGGCUCUAUUGGUCUUACUGGACAAACUGGGCCUUCUGGUGCUACUGGAGAGAUGGGGGCUACAGGUCCAGCUGGAGCAACUGGUGUUACUGGAUCUACUGGACCUGAUGGUGCAACUGGACCAACUGGACGUAUGGGGAUCCCUGGCUCAACUGGACCAACUGGUUCAACUGGUAGUUUUGGUAUGACAGGAACCACAGGGUCUACUGGUCCUACGGGCAGUACAGGACCCCAAGGUAUAGUAGGGCCUAGUGGUUCAACUGGAAAUACAGGCAGUCAGGGUACCAAGGGAGACACAGGAGCCAAAGGAGCAACAGGGCCAACUGGUGUAACUGGAUCAGUAGGAGCCACAGGACUUACAGGUGCACAGGGGAUAGCUGGCUCUACUGGACCCACUGGUGCUACUGGUGUCACUGGAUCAACUGGUGCUUUUGGUAUGACUGGUCCCAGUGGUGCUACUGGUGUGCCCGGAGCUACUGGUCCAACUGGAUGGACGGGACCUACUGGAAUGAGAGGAGUUACUGGGAGUACUGGACCUACAGGGGACACUGGGCCCACAGGUAUUGCUGGUCCAACUGGAGCCACGGGUGUACAAGGUCAAAAAGGCAGGGGAGGAGGAACUGGUCCAACUGGAGCUACUGGUCCAACUGGAGCUACUGGCUUUCAUGGAGCUACUGGUGUGACGGGGGUAACUGGACCUCAGGGUGAUAAAGGAGAUUUUGGGGCCACAGGUAUAACAGGAGCAACAGGAGUGAGAGGGGAUUUUGGUAAAUCAGGGGCAACAGGCGCUACUGGACCUGUAGGGCCAAUAGGAGAAGAGGGGCCCAUUGGUGUCACUGGCCCAACUGGAACAACUGGACCAACUGGCGUGAAGGGUGUUUUGGGAGCCACAGGGCCUAGUGGCGCCACUGGUGAUAUUGGCCCAUUAGGUCCUACAGGGGCAACAGGCCCAAAAGGAGUGGAAGGCCCCAAGGGCAACACUGGGCCUACAGGUGCUACAGGACUGACUGGAACAAAGGGCAUACCUGGUGGAACUGGACCAACAGGAGCUACUGGGGAUCUAGGUCCAAUUGGUCCAAGUGGAGCCACAGGAAUCCAAGGAGCAACUGGUCCUACUGGACGAAAGGGAGAUAUAGGAAAAGUUGGGCCCUCUGGAGCCACUGGGAUAACUGGGGAUCAGGGUAUAGAGGGUGCCACUGGACCCACUGGUUCACUAGGGCCAUCUGGUCAACAAGGCUUACAAGGACUGAAGGGGAUUCCUGGGGCAACUGGUCCUCAGGGAGGAACUGGACCCACAGGAUCAUUUGGUCCAUCUGGUUCUACUGGUGUAAUGGGAGCCACUGGACCAAUUGGACCUAAAGGUGAACCAGGUGUGCAGGGCCGAUCAGGGCUGAUAGGGAAAGAUGGCGCUACUGGGCCUACAGGUCUUAAGGGAGAUGUAGGUCCUACAGGAUCAACAGGUAUUCAAGGUGCAUUGGGAGGAACAGGUCCCUCUGGUGCUACAGGUUCACAAGGAGUACCUGGAAACAAGGGAGAUAAAGGUGAUAUAGGUCUCAUUGGAAUUGAUGGUGCAACAGGUCCAACAGGUGUGAAAGGUGAUAUAGGACCUAUUGGGCAUGAAGGAGCAACUGGUGUGUCAGGGGCUACUGGUACUACAGGCCUAAAGGGGAUCCCUGGCUUAGAUGGCGCUACUGGACCUAGUGGCCCAUUUGGUCAUAAUGGAACAAUUGGGGUUACAGGACCUACAGGGCAAAAAGGGGAGUUGGGGUCAGCUGGUUCUAGGGGAGAUCCCGGACCACCUGGAAAGGAUGGGUUAAAUGGAACCAAAGGAGAGCCGGGAGACCUAGCAUCUCCAAAUGGCACAGAAGUUGCUGGUUCACUGGGGCCUACAGGAGCAACUGGCCAACCUGGUGUCAGAGGCUUGGCAGGGCCUCCAGGGAUAGAGGGUUCUACUGGACCUACUGGCAUAAAAGGUGCAAAAGGGCAAAUUGGAAAUCCGGGCGCCAUUGGUGCAACUGGACCAACUGGUGUGAAAGGGGUUCAGGGGCUAUUAGGUGUGAAAGGUAACAAUGGAACUUCUGGCCAUCCAGGUCCUGCAGGCCUUAAAGGUUCAACUGGCAGUAAAGGAGAACCGGGUAGUGAAGGUGCACAAGGUAGACAAGGAUUAAACGGUGAAAGAGGUGCCACAGGACCAGCUGGUGGUGUAGGUGCCACAGGCUCAGUGGGUGCUACUGGGUCUCCUGGGGAAAGAGGAAAUCCGGGAGAAAGAGGAGCUCCAGGAGAAAAAGGAUCAACUGGGGCUACAGGACCAACUGGUCCAUUUGGUUCUACAGGACUCCAAGGUUCUCCAGGGGCUACUGGCUUGGUAGGUCCUCCAGGAAGCCAAGGAGCAACUGGUUCAUUAGGUCCACCAGGAGCUGCUGGGCCAGUUGGGGCUACUGGACCAACUGGUAUUCCAGGUUUGAGAGGGGCAACGGGAUCUGUUGGUAGACAAGGAGAGAUAGGUGCUACAGGGAGCAGAGGAGAUCCUGGUAUACAAGGCCCACCAGGUGCAUCUGGGGCUAGUGGUCCAACUGGUCAGAAAGGGGACAUUGGAUUAACUGGGGCAACAGGCCCUACUGGUAUUCAAGGAGCAACAGGGUUUAGAGGUAGCCAGGGAGCAACAGGCGCUACAGGACCACCUGGGGCUACAGGCAGGAGUGGGGCUACAGGUAAUCCAGGACAAACAGGAGCCACUGGUGCACCAGGAGUGUAUGGGUCAACUGGUGCUACCGGUGUAGCAGGACCACCAGGUCCUGGAGGACCAACAGGAGCUACAGGCCUAACUGGUGCAUCUGGUGGUACUGGGUUGCCUGGACCUAAAGGAGACGAGGGUGCUGUUGGACCAGUUGGAGCUACAGGACCUUUAGGGGCAACAGGUAUAGCAGGAGUAAAGGGUGAGAUGGGAUUCAGAGGUUUUUAUGGAGCAACUGGACCUCCAGGACCAUCUGGCACAGUCAGCCCACUCCUACAACAAAGUAUUGUCUCUUUGAACAACAGCAUACACUACAAUGCCUGUGGAGAGAACAAUGGUGGGUGCCAGCAUAACUGUACAGACUAUGUCAAUUGGCAUGUGUGUAGCUGUAGGAGUGGAUACUUCCUAGAGUCAAAUGGAUUCAAUUGUUCAGAUGUUGAUGAAUGUCAGGAGAAUCGUUGCAUCCAUAACUGCAGCAACACUUUAGGCUCAUUCACUUGCCAAUGUUACAAUGGCUAUGUUCGCUCUAUACUCAGACCAUGGGAGUGUUUAGAUAUUGAUGAGUGCAAGGAAAAUGCCACAGCAGCAUGUGGUGCUAGUACCAUAUGCCUGAACAGUAUAGGUUCAUACCACUGUAUACAACUUAUUGGAGAUGUUCAGCCAGAAGGGGUUAAGACUGGUGCAUCUUUAUCAGGAACGGGAGGCAUGUCCUCAUUCAUGUCUAUCUGGCUGGGUGUCGGCUUUGGCUGCGUGGGUCUCAUCCUCUUCAUCAUUUGCGUUGUCCUUUAUGCCAUAUUCAACAGACAACAAGACAUGAUGAAAAACAAAGUAGAUGAUAAUAAUAACAAUAAAUCUUUUCUCGGGACUCAAAUGCUCUCUGGUCGGAAGAUUGCAUUGCCCCUUACCCCCCAGAUUAUAACACCUGACUUUGAUGAGGAGGACAAUAUGGGUAUUGAACAUCACAUUGAUGAGUUCGAUAAAGAUGAUGCUAUAGUGCACCAUCAUGUUACUUCCUCUAGUGAAGCUGAUGUAGCAAAUGCUGAGAUACAAGCAAAUUAUAUGUUAGAGGAGCAUACCCUUCCUCCCCCACCCUCAUUUAUACCCCCACCUCCCUUACUACAAUCAUCGAUCCCCUCAUUUGUACCCCCACCUCCUUUGAAAGAAGUCUCUGAGAAGGUAGAAAUUUUGCAUGCUGAAGAUCCUAAACCUGGACCAUCAAUGGAAGUGUAA